GGAAAAUCUAUGAUUUUUAGAAACAGGGAGAUAUUUUUAAAUAAAUUUCAUUAAAAUUAUUUAGCUUCUAAUUCCCGAAUUCGCUUAAUCAAAAUAAGUUUUGCGAGAAUGAACAGCGCUCAUGUCGGAUCCGAGACGAACGAAAGUAGGAGGGAGGUUCUGUCCCGCAAACAAACAGUUCAGUCGAUAAGUGGACGUCUUAUCUUAAGGUUAUAAAUAUUGGCUUCGCUGCGGCAAUUAUCUUUUCGUCUUCGAUUCUAUCUCUGUGUCCGCCUCUCACUAUAUCACAUAAUUUUUAUUUCGUUAUCGUCAUUGUUUAAUUUUUAUCGUACCUUCGGAGAUAUAGUAAAACUCGUCUUUUAUUGUGCUUAUCGUUUAAUACCGGCUUUUAAGAUGAAUGAAGAAGACCUACAUUUGGCCAAGGCAAUUGCGAGUAUGGAUAUGGAAUCGUCUCCUAAAACUCCGAAGAAAACGCUUGUCAGUAAAGUUCAAGAGAAAAUACAAGGAUUCAGGAGGACACGAUCGCUGAAUGCUCCAAGCCCGGUUCCUCAGUUUGGCCCCUGUGGCCGGAUAAUGAAAAAUUCAGCCAUGGUCAUAACAAUACAGGACCCUGCAAGUCAGAGGCUUACGUGGUAUAAGCCUCCAUUAACUGUAUUAGUAAUUAAGAAGUUACGAGAUGUGUCUGUGCUUCAGCCAUUCGUACAGCUCGUCCAAUGGCUUAUACAGGAGAAGAGGAUGGUGGUUUUUGUCGAGCAGUCUGUGAUGGAAGAUACGCUUCUCAUGAACAACAGUGAGUUUGGGCUCAUCAAGGAAAAACUCAUGACAUUCCGAGAUGGUAAAGAUGAUUUAACAGAUAAGAUUGAUUUUAUCAUCUGUCUCGGUGGAGAUGGCACACUUUUGUAUGCGAGUCUCUUGUUUCAGCAAUCUGUUCCUCCUGUCAUGGCAUUCCAUUUAGGAUCUCUUGGAUUCUUGACCCCGUUCCAGUUCGAUAACUUUGAAGAACAGGUCACAAAUGUCUUGGAAGGUCAUGCAGCUCUGACCCUUCGUAGCCGGCUGAGGUGUAUUAUAGUAAGAAAAAAUGAAGAAACUUCUCAUAAACCUCCGACAAAUUUAUUAGUUUUAAAUGAAGUUGUUGUCGACCGAGGUCCUUCCCCCUACCUGUCAAACAUUGACCUCUUCCUGGACGGCAAACACAUCACUUCAGUUCAAGGAGACGGACUCAUAGUAUCGACUCCGACGGGCAGUACAGCAUACGCCGUGGCCGCAGGCGCGUCGAUGAUCCACCCAAGUGUUCCAGCUAUUAUGGUUACUCCAAUCUGUCCGCAUUCCCUCUCCUUCAGGCCGAUCGUAGUGCCUGCUGGUGUCGAAUUGAAGAUCUGUGUGUCUCCUGAUAGUCGGAACACUUCAUGGGUUUCUUUUGAUGGGAGAAACCGACAGGAGUUAUUCCACGGAGAUAGUUUGACAGUUACUACGUCGGUAUACCCAGUGCCGUCGAUAUGUUCCCAAGACCAGAUCUCUGAUUGGUUCGACUCUCUGGCCGAGUGCCUCCAUUGGAACGUGAGGAAACGGCAGAAGCACCUCGAUGAGUUGAGUGACCUCACUCACUCGAGCUCUAACGACACUCUUGACUCUCUAGAUCACACUGACCACAUCGACAGCUAACCAGAAACACGAAAGAUUGUUUUGGAUGUCCCUUUGAGUUGGUGGCGGUCUACUUAGACAUUUUAUUUUAUGUUCUCUUUUAUUACUGUGUAAAUAUGAAUUUGCAUGAAAUGAGGCAAACUAUAUGAAUUUGUCAUGUUAUUUUUAUACAUUUUUACCAGAACAAAUUUUACCAUAACAUUUUUUGUUUUUUUAUAAAUAUAUAAUUGUAUAUUAAAAAUUUAAAGAAUAUAAAUAUAUAUAUCUACAAUAAAGCUGAUAGAUAAUUUUUGUGUAGUUUAUGAGUAUAAAAUACACAUUAAUAUAUUAUCUAUAUUGUGUUAUUGAUAACCACAAAUUUGAUAGUUGUAAUUAAAUUUUGUAAAUUAUUGUUUACUAUAAAGAAAUUAUUUUUGUAAUUUUUUUUUUUUUUCUGAAACCUCAAUAAACUUUUCAUUCCCUUUUCACUUUAAAAUGUUAUUUUAAACCUGAACAGAAUCAUAAUGCUAUCUGAAGUAUUUGAUAUCU